AUGGCGAACGAUAGGGAAAUUCUUCGUGAAAUUUGGGAAGGCAAACUGCCGAUUUGUUUUCGUUUAGACAGUGAAGAAGUAGCAGAUGUUCGCGAACCAGACCCAUUUUAUUUGAUGGUUCCCAGACUCAGUUAUUUUCCUUUAGUAACAGACAAAAUAAAAAGACACUUUCUCAAAUAUGUAGACUGUGAGAAGUCAGAGCAAGAAAUGUGGCUUGAAUACAAUGGACAACCUUUAAAAUGGCAUUAUCCAAUUGGGGUAUUGUUUGAUCUUUCAUUUGACAAAGACGAGAUUCUGCCUUGGAAUAUAAUUGUGCAUUUUGAUAAGUUUCCUGAAGCUGAGAUUUUUAGAUUUAGUAAUAAAGAUAUGGUAGAGGCUUAUUUCAUGUCUUGUUUAAAAGAAGCUGAUGUACUAAAACAUAGAGGACAAAUUGCAGGUAGUAUGCAGAAAAAAGACCACAAUCAGUUAUGGUUGGGAUUGCAGAACGACAAAUUUGAUCAAUUUUGGGCUGUAAAUAGGAAACUAAUGGAAACUACAAAUGAUCAAGAUCAUUUUAAAUAUAUUCCGUUCAGGUGCUAUAUGGACAGUGGAUAUAAACAAAAACUGGUAAAGCCUGUUACAGAUGGUGGUGCUAAAAAGACUUUACAAGACCUAGUUAAUGAAAUAUUUCCAGAAAAUGGCAAUGUAAAAGUAAAGACACAUGGACUCAUUCCUCCUUCAGAUACUCCUCUACAGUGGCUGUCGGAACAUUUAAGUUACCCAGACAACUUUUUACAUCUUUGUGUUACGAGUUGA